AUGGCGUACGUGGUGCCCAUCCACCGGGCCAGCGGAAUCCGACACGCCGUAAAGCUGAACUUCAUUGCCGCAGAAGAAGACUGUCUGGUAGCAGCAAAAGCGAAUCGCCUUGAAUUCUACACCCUCACCCCCGAUGGCCUUACACUCACCGCUACUCGGGAACUAUAUGCGCAGGUGACGAUGCUCGCGCGGCUGCCCGCUCCGGCUCAUUCGACGACAGACCACCUCUUUGUCGGAACGGACCAGUAUUCAUAUUUCACCCUGGCAUGGGAUGCGGAGGAACGCGCUGUGACGACGGCGCGUAGUUUCGUCGAUAUUUCGGAGCCGUCGUCCCGGGAAUCGCAAUCGAAUCCACGAUGCCUGGUUGAUCCCACCGGCCGGUUCAUGACGGUGGAGGUGUACGAGGGCGUGAUCGUGGUAAUACCGAUUGUGGAGGCGACAAAGCGGAGGGGUCGCGUGUCGCAGGCGGCGCAGCAAGCGGAUGCACCGCACGUGGGCGAGCUGGGGGAGCCGACGGCAUCGAGAAUCGACGAGUUGUUUGUUCGGUCGUCUGCUUUCUUGCAUUCUAGCUCGAAUCAGCCGUGGCUGGCGCUGCUGUAUGAGGACAAUCAGAAGAAAGUGCGGUUACGGAUUCGAGAGCUGGAGUACAGUCGGGCUACGUCGAGUGGACCGGCGGAUGCUACUUUUAAGGAGGUGCAGGACAAGAAGCUUGAAGGAGGCGUCUUUGGGCAUGAGCUGGAUCUGGGAUCUUCACAUCUGAUUCCUAUCCCUGCGCCACUAGGUGGGCUUAUUGUCCUGGGCGAAACGUCAAUCAAGUACAUUGAUGAUAAUGCGAAUGAUGUGAUCUCCCGGGAGCUUGACGAGGCAACGAUCUUCGUGGCCUGGGAGAAGGUCGACAGUCAACGAUGGCUUCUAGCUGAUGACUACGGCCGACUAUUUUUCCUUAUGUUUAUCCUCGACCAUCUCGGCAAUGUCGAGGAUUGGAAGCUAGACUACCUCGGUGAUUCCCAGGUCCUUCGAAUUAGCGAUGGCUCGUUCGAGGUCAUCCAAACAUUGUCCAACAUAGCGCCCAUUCUCGACUUUACUGUCAUGGAUCUGGGUAGCCGCUCAAAUGAGAGCCAGACACAUGAGUUCUCAUCCGGCCAGGCACGGGUAGUAACUGGGUCUGGUGCCUUUGAAGAUGGAACCUUGCGCAGUGUUCGUAGUGGAGUUGGCAUGGAGGAGCUUGGUGUCCUAGGGGAGAUGGAUCAUAUCACAGAUCUAUGGGGAUUGCAGUCCCAAUCAGCCGGGUCAUUUAUGGAUACUCUUCUUGUCACCUUUGUGGAUGAAACACGCGUGUUCCGCUUCAGCCCUGACGGUGAAGUUGAGGAGCUAGACAAUUUCCUGGGGCUCUCCUUGGAUGAGAAUACUCUUCUAGCAGCGAACUUGCCGGGAGGUCGAAUCCUACAAGUGACUGAGAAGAGGGCCAUGAUAGCCGAAGUGGAGAGUGGCAUGGUUACCUUUGAGUGGGCACCUUCUACAGAAAACACCAUCACUGCGGCCUCGGCCAACGAUGAAAACUUAGUUCUUGUCAUUGGGGGCCAGGUGUUGGCAUCCUUUGAUAUUCGGAGUAGUGCGCAGAUUAUCACAGAGAAGGACUUCGGCCACGAUCAGCAAAUCUCGGGCGUGACAGUUCCAUACAAGCCCUCAGGGAUCUGUAUUGCAGGGUUCCCCCAGUCGGCCAAGGUGUCUGUUUUGGACAUAGAUGGGUUCUCCGAGCUUCAGACAAAGUCCUUAGGCCCACCGGGCGAAGCGUUCCCCCGACUUGUCCUUGUGGCCGAUGUCCUUGCUGAUAGCCCACCUACGCUUUUCAUUUCCAUGGCCGAUGGCAGUGUCAUCACUUUCUCCUUUAACCCGCAAGACUACUCUCUCACGGGUAUGAACAAGCUGAUCCUCGGAUCGGAGCAGCCAAGUUUCAAGACACUUCCCAGGGGAGACGGGCUGUACAACGUUUUCGCUACUUGCGAAAACCCAAGUCUGAUUUAUGGCUCUGAGGGCCGAAUCAUUUACUCAGCAGUCAACUCCGAAGGCGCCUCUCGCAUUUGCCACUUAAAUGCUGAAGCAUAUCCCGAAUCGGUUGCCGUGGCCACUGCGCGGGACCUUAAAAUUGCAUUGGUGGACAAGGAACGAACUACGCAGAUCCAGACGCUUCCCAUGGGAUCGACUGUCCGCCGCGUCGCCUACUCUCCGUCCGAAAAGGCAUUUGGAAUUGGAACAAUCGAUCGUAAGCUGGAAGACGGCGUCGAAAUCGUCAAAAGUCAGUUUGUGCUGGCCGACGAAAUCUUGUUCCGACGCUUGGAUACGUUCGACCUUCAACCGGAAGAAUUGAUUGAAAGUGUCAUCCGUGCUGAGUUCCCAGCCGGGAAAGAUGAAAGUGGAAGAGACACUGUCAAGGACCGCUUCAUCAUCGGCACGGCCUACCUUGACGAGGAAAAGGACAAAAAUGAUGAAUCAAUACGUGGCCGAAUACUGGUCCUUGAAGUUGACCAUGGGCGCAAGUUGACCCAGGUCGCUGAACAGCUGGUCAAGGGUGCAUGCCGAGCUCUGGCCACCCUGGGCGACAAGAUCGUUGCCGCACUAGUGAAGACUGUGGUCGUUUACAAGGUGCUCAACAAUGACUUUGGGUCUAUGAAUAUUGAGAAGCUUGCAACCUACCGGACCUCAACGGCACCAGUUGAUCUGACCGUGGUUGACGACGUCAUAGUGGUAGCAGAUCUCAUGAAGAGCGUUUGUCUUGUGAAGUUUGUUCCUGGCAAAGACGGAACUCAAGAUAAACUGGAGGAGAUUGGCCGACACUACCAGACAGUCUGGAGCACGGCCGUCGCUUCUUUAGACGAGAACACCCUUCUUCUGAGCGAGGCCCAAGGCAAUGUUAUUGUACUGUCACGUAACACACAAGGCGUGACUGAUCAAGAUAAACGCCGGCUGAUCCCAACAAGCGAGAUUUGCUUAGGAGAAAUGGUCAACCGCAUUCGCCCCAUUCAAAUCCCCCAGCUGGCAACCGUGACAGUGACACCACGGGCUUUUAUGGCAACUGUACGCUCUUCCAAGUCUCCUUGUUUCCCGUUCGAAAGUUUACAUACUAACCGAUCUUCCGUCCUGCAGGUGGAGGGAUCCAUUUACCUCUUCGCGCUCAUUAAUCCAGAUCACCAAGACUUCUUAAUGACCCUUCAGACAGUGAUUGCCGAAAAGGUGGAAUCACUCGGAGAUCUGCCAUUCAACAGUUUCCGCGCAUUCCGCACUCUCACACGUACAGCGGAUGCGCCCUACCGAUUUGUCGAUGGCGAGUUGAUCGAAAGGUUCUUGACCUGCGAGCCAGAUCUCCAAGAAGAGAUUGUGACAGAGGUAGGAUCUGGCAAUGUAGAGGAUGUGAAGGGCAUGAUCGAGGCCUUGCGACGGUUACAUUGA